AUGUGUAAAAAAUUACAAGAUAAUGACUGCGUGCUAAAUCAGUCCUCACCUCUAACUGAGAGCUUAGAAACGGCUACCAGAAAUGUUACUACACGUAAGAAAAUAAUUACAAAUAAAGUAGCCUCUAAUUCAUUUGGCUCCUUAUCUGUUGAUGAGAACUUUGAAUACUCUUCCUUAACAUCAACUCCAACACACGUGGACAUAGGUGGAAGUAAUCUGACUGAUAAAAAUACCAAGGAUUGUAUAAGCAAAUUAAAUGAAAAAUUAUGUGAACUACAAAGAAAACUUGAUAAUGCAGACAAGGAGAUUGAAGACCUGAUAUCAGAAAACUAUAUAUUAAAAAAAGAAAUAGCCGAAUUUAAGUCGAAACCUGAGAGAUGUGUGUGUAUAUUAUCAUCUAAGAUCAAGAACGUAUCAAAUACAAAUAGAUCACAAAGCAUUAACGAAGUAGAAUCAAACCUAUUUAACAGUGCUGAAAAUAAGGAAACCCCUAAUAAUAUUGAAAGUAAAAACCAUAAUUCAACAAUAAAUCAAAAAGAACAACACAAGGUAUGCGUAAAUGAAUAUAAAAAAAUUAAUGGGGAAAAAAAGUAA